AUGCGCUCCAAUGACAGCCCACAAUCAUGCCUGGAGGUUGUUCAGGGUACUAUCAACGAGAAGAAAUUGCUAAGAACACUGGAUCUGAGGUUACUUCCCGCGGUUUCAGUGCUAUAUCUGUUGAGUUUUCUUGAUCGCAGCAAUGUCGCCAACGCCCGCAUCGAAGGUCUCACGGACGACCUACAUAUGACUGGAAACCAAUAUCUCACUGGUCUAACACUGUAUUUCAUCGGUUACGUACUAUUCGAGAUUCCAUGCAACAUCAUUCUCAAGCGAACUACGCCGAAAUUUUGGCUACCGACACUCACGCUGGUCUGGGGGGUUGUCGCAACAUUGAUGGGUGUCACACAGAAUCGAGAGGGCUUCUUUGCCGUGCGUUUCUUUUUGGGUGUCGCUGAGUCCGGACUUUUUCCAGGCGUUGUAUACUACCUUUCAAUGUGGUACAAAAGAAACGAACGCCAGUACCGUAUCUCUUUGUUCUUCAGCUGCGCUUCACUUGCUGGCGCUUUUGGUGGAAUCCUAGCCUGGGGCAUUGCGCAUAUGCGCAACGAGGGCCUUCUCACAAUUGUGAUCGCGAUCGUCGCAUAUUGGUUCAUUUCCAACUAUCCCGGCACAGUCAGCUGGCUCAGUAAAGAAGAGCGAGCCUUUGUACGAGCACGUCUUAAGGCUGAUAGUGACGCGACAAAUGAUGAGAAGUUUUCAUGGGCCGAAGUGCGGGUUGCAGCCAAGGACAUCAAGAUCUGGUUGUAUGCCUUAGCCUUUCAUACUAUGAGUCUACCUUUGUAUACUCUAUCACUGUUCUUGCCAACGAUUAUUCGGGAUAUGGGUUACUCGUCAGCCCAGUCUCAACUUCUUACCAUCCCACCUUAUGCGGUCGCGACAAUCUUCACGAUUUUCUGGGCGAUACUCUCUGAGCGCUAUGCCCGCCGUGCACUCUUCAUCCUCACGACCUCCACCGUUGCGAUCAUCGGAUACAUUAUCCUGCUCGCGAACACCGAUCCCAAGGCACGGCCAGGUGUUUCCUACGUUGGAACCUUCUUUGCCGCUAUCGGAAUAUACCCGUCCGUCGCGUUGAUCCUCUGCUGGCCUGCAAUCAACGUAAGUGGACAGACAAAGAGAGCGACCGCGAAUGCCAUGCAGAUCAGCAUCGGCAACUUGGGAGCAGUGCUGGGUACGCAGCUGUACCGCGCAAAUUCCGGGCCGCGAUACGUUCUUGGGCAUAGCUUUGCACUUGGGUAUUCAUGUCUGAAUCUGGUCGUUGUCGGGGCAUUAUUGGUGGUUUUGAAGAAGGAGAACAAGGAGAAAGAGAGGAUAUUGUUGGAGAAACCAGAUACUCGCGGUUUCCACGACACAGUGGAGGAUCUGGCCAUGGUAUAUACGUACUACUCCGAGGUCGGUUAUCCCCGCGUAAUGUCCAUAACCAGCGCUCCGAGCUCCAAGCUUCCAAGCCUUCGAUCUUCAAUACUCAUCACAAUGGCGGCCAAUAACAAGGAAAAGCAGACAUCAGCUGCAACUCCUCCAAAGUCAUACAGACCAUCGUACAAUCGUCAAUUCAUCGGCAGCGCUGUCUUUUGCUUGGGAAUUUUGGCUUUCCUACGUCAUACAACCACCCCCAUCUCGUCGUCAUGGCACCUUCCUUCAGACUUAAGCAACGCCAAGUCUGGAGCGCAAUGCCCACAAGUCGAACUCUUGUUCCCGACAAAGAGGACGAAAGAGUUGGAUGAAAUGGAGAGCUACCUGACAUCGGACGCUUUUCGUGAUGUUGCCAUUGAGCGUCUAUCGGGUGCUGUCAAGAUCCCCACGCAAAGCUACGAUGACAUGGGCGAGAUCGGAUCUGAUCCGCGAUGGGAUAUCAUGUACUCUUUCGCAGACUAUCUUGGAAAAACUUUUCCGCUCACGCACGCGACAUUGCAAUUGGAGAAGGUCAAUACGCAUGGGUUGCUGUAUACGUGGGCUGGCACGGAUGCAAGCUUGAAGCCUAACUUGCUCAUGGCGCAUCAGGAUGUUGUGCCGGUUCCGGAUUCUACAGUCAAGCAGUGGACCUACCCGCCUUUCUCAGGUCACUAUGACGGGAAGUUUGUUUGGGGUAGGGGUGCGAGCGAUUGCAAGAACCAGUUGAUGGCUAUUUUGAAUAGCGUGGAGGCGUUGAUUUCUGCUGGCUUUACUCCUCAGAGAACAUUAAUAUUGUCGUUUGGAUUCGAUGAAGAAAUCUCUGGUCGGGAAGGUGCGCAACACCUUGCGGACUACCUGGUCAAGAAACUUGGACACAACUCCAUCGCUGCCAUCGUCGAUGAAGGCGCAGUAAACGUUGAGAGCUGGGGAGCAAAUUUCGCAAUCCCUGGUGUCGCCGAGAAAGGCUACGUCGACGUUGACAUUGUCGUGCGCAUGCCUGGCGGCCACAGCAGCAUCCCUCCACCGCACAACAGCAUCGGCGUCGCCAGCGAGCUCAUCACUUUGAUAGAAGCCAACCCUUACGAGCCUCGUCUUUUUGACGAAAACCCUUACCUAGGUCUCCUCCAAUGCGGUGCCGAGCAUGCCUCAGACUUUCCCCGCCAUCUAGGGAAACUGCUUGACAAGCGCUCUAAACGAAGUGCAACAUGUUCGAAGAAACCAACAAAAGACGCUCUCGCACUUGAAGCAGCAAAAGCGGGACCAGGCAUAAAAUAUCUCUUCACGACCUCCGUGGCAGUCGACAUAAUCCACGGUGGCGUGAAAACAAACGCACUUCCUGAGCGCACGCAGAUAACCGUAAACCACCGCAUAAACGUUGGUUCAAGCUCCUCGGAUGUUAAAGCACACAUCUCGUCCCUUGCAGCUCAGGUAGCGCACAAGUACAACCUCACACUGCAUGCAUUCAACGGCACAGAAACCCCCUCUAGCAUCGCUCUCUCCCACGGACCCACAAUGCUAGAACCAGCACCCGUUACACCCACUUCUCUCCACACCUCUGCCUCUAACAAGACCGUGACGCCCUACCAAAUUCUCUCGGGAACCACCCGCGCCCUCUACGGUAGAGAACUUCUUGUGAGCCCUGGUAUCAUGACCGGUAACACGGACACGCGUUAUUACUGGGACUUGAGCGAAAACAUCUUCAGGUAUGGGCCAGGUUGGGAUAAGGAGCAGGUUGGUCUAGGAAAUAUUCACACUGUCGACGAGAGAGUUGGAGUGCAAGCGCAUUUGGAUACUGUCAAGUGGAUGUGGGGCUGGAUUAGGAACAUGGAUGAGGCGGCUUUGUAG